UGGGUGCUUCACAAUUAAUAUUAACAUUUUAUGUAUGCAUCUCCUUCAUCUUUUGUCUGCUCAGUGCUUUUGGUUGUUCGUUUAAUCGCUGGAAUUUCUUUCUUUUUUGUGCAUCCAUCUUCGCUAUGUUUUCGUAUUUUUUAGGGUUGAGCCGCCGUUGUAGGCGUAGAACUUUGUGGAGUUGUACUUCAAGCUGCAAUGAGAUGAUUGGAUUGUCAUCUAGUAAUUCUCCAAAUCCUUAUUUCUUUCAUAAUGUUGCCAAAUUCUGCACUUUGAUAGGUCAAGAGAAGGCAGAUGAAUUUUUAGAUAAUAGUAGUGAUAGAGUACUGAAAGCUAAACAGCCUACUGGAGGGAUGGUUGAUUUUACACAGAUUCAUAUUAACAAGCUGCCAAGAGUUUUAAUCAUGGGACGUCCUAAUGUAGGGAAAUCAGCAUUGUUUAAUCGUUUGAUACGAAGGAGGGAAGCGCUUGUAUACAACACUCCUACUGAUCAUGUUACUCGAGACAUACGGGAAGGUGUUGCCAAAUUGGGGAAUUUGAGGUUUAAGGUGUUGGAUUCUGCUGGUAUAGAAGCAGAGGCUUCUUCUGGUUCUGUCCUUAGUAGGACUGCAGAAAUGACUGGAAAUGUGUUGUCGAAAACUCAACUUGCACUCUUGUUAGUUGAUGCAAGAGAUGGAGUGUUGCCUAUGGAUUUGGAUGUUGGAAAGUGGUUGAGGAAGAAUGCACCUGGAGUGAAGACCAUUGUGGUGAUGAAUAAAGCUGAAUCGCUCGAUGAUUGUGAUGGUUCACUUGCAUCUGCUGCUGGUGAGGCUUAUAGAUUAGGAUUUGGCGAUCCCAUUGCUUUAUCUGCUGAGACUGGGCUUGGAAUGGCUCAACUUCAUGAAACUCUUAGACCAUUACUUGAAGAAUAUGUGCUCCAAAACAACAUAUGUGCUGAUGAGGAGAUCCAGGAUAAUGACGACUCCUCUGAGGAUAUAGAGUGUAAAUUGCCAUUGCAAUUGGCAAUUGUUGGGCGGCCCAAUGUUGGAAAGUCAACCUUGUUAAACACAAUCUUGCAAGAAGAUCGCGUUUUAGUUGGCCCUGAGGCUGGUUUGACUAGAGAUUCCAUCCGCGCUGAAUUUCAGUACGAAGGAAGAACAAUUUAUUUGGUUGACACAGCAGGCUGGUUGGAGAGGACAAAACAGCAGGAGAAGGGCCCUGCAUCUUUAAGUAUUAUGCAAUCAAGGAAACACCUUAUGAGAGCACAUGUAAUUGUUUUGGUCCUCGAUGCAGAAGAGAUUGCAAACGCUAGGCGAAGCAUGAAGCAUGUUGAAGUAGUUAUAGCAAGGCGAGCGGUAGAGGAAGGACGUGGUCUUGUUGUGAUUGUAAAUAAGAUGGAUCUUCUAAGAGGGAAAGAAAAUUCCAAAUCGUACAAGAGUGUAAUUGAAGCUGUGCCUCAAGAAAUUCAGACAGUUAUUCCCCAGGUCACGGGGAUACCUGUUGUAUUUGUUUCAGCCCUAGAAGGAAAGAGUCAGAUAGCAGUCAUGAAUCAGGUCCUUGAAACAUAUGAAAAGUGGUGUUUGAGAUUGCCAACAGCUCGUCUUAACCGUUGGCUACGCAAGGUCAUGAGCAGACAUUCUUGGAAAGACCAGGCAGCUCAACCCAAGAUCAAGUAUUUCACUCAGGUGAAAGCUAGACCGCCAACUUUUAUUGCAUUUAUGAGCGGAAAAACCCAGCUCUCGGAUACAGAUUUGAGGUUCCUAACUAGAUCUUUAAAGGAAGACUUUGACUUAGGUGGAAUACCAGUCCGGAUAUUGCAACGAACUGUUGAAGGAAAUAGUAGAACUAAUACCAGCAACAAGAACAAGCAAUCAACAAAUAGAAUGAUGGAAAGGGUUGUUUCUGACAAAAGAACAAUCCUUGCUGUAGAAAACAGCAGCACCACUUGAAUUAUCCAAACUUUAUUUUAUCAUACGUGCUCAUAAGUUAAUUCAGAAAUAGAUAGAAAGAGUAUUUUUGAUCUUGUAUCCACUUUGGGUUGGGUGCCCGGCAUAGGGAUUUUGACUUACCUUUAAACUCCCUCCACCAUUGUCUCACGUCUUUUCACCAUUGUAUCCUAUCAUAGACAAUAACACUCUUAUUUCAUGCUUUAUGUGAAUAUGUCAAGGAAGUUUUCUUUUUUAUUUAGUUGAUAUAGGGUGAAAAUCAUUAUAGUUCUCCUACAUGACUGAGUCUUUCAAUGCUUUUGUGGUAAAAGUUAGAGAGAAACAGUUCUAAAUUAUUGGAAUGUAUUAGAAGAAAAACUAUGACUUGAUUUAAACAGAGGUUAAAGCUUCUGCUUUGGACACUCUGAUUCCACAAAAAGUGAGAGAAAGAGUUACUCAAAAUCAGGAGGGACCAGAGCUGAUUUGUUUCAGGGCCAAUGAACACUUGUUUGAAGUGCAGAAACUUGAAAAAUUAUGUGGUGGAUUUGAAGAAAAUGUCAUGUCAAUGCAGAGAAUGGUACAUAAGUGGAGUGCCAUGGCGACAUGCUCUAUUGCUGCAUGACUCGUAUUAGAGAGGAUGCUACCAAAUUCUUCAUCCUUUACUCACUAAAGUAUGCCAUGUGAAGACUUAUUCUAGAAAGAUCAUUCAGUACCGGCAGAGAGCAAACAGCCAGUUGUAGAUCAACAUGUUAUGCACCCUAAUGAGGAAAUGGAGAAGAGGAGAAGUAGAAAACCAAUCAAAAGGAGGAGAAUUAGAUGAACAACCAGCAAAAGAGAGAUCAAUUCAUUGCACUUGCAAUGUAUGCCAUUAAAUUGGGCAUAAUUGUAUAGAUCGCGUGGAAAGAAUACUUCAAGUACAAAUGCUGGCAAACUUCAGUAUGAUUUGCAAAAGCCGCAGUAUCUCUACUUGCUAGAGUAGCCGCUUUGAGAGCCACAAUAUUCACAGUUGGAGUUCCAAAGGAUGCAUCUUCAAGUCCCAAAGUACUUCUGCUCAUUGCGUACCUUGAUCCACUUAUGUACUGAUAGCGUUUGCCCCUGCAGUUUGAGCUCAGCAGCAAACGGUGUUCCUCUUCUCGUACCUUUGAAUCCAAAGUACCAGCGGAUUUUAGUACUCCCUUACUAUAUAUAAGCAAUCAGUAAUGAGAUAGUACUGUGAGUUGCUGUCUCACUCUUUGGUUUUGUCUCGCAUAUCAACAUUUUUCAUGUUAUGUUAUAUUAUAUGUUCUUAUCUUGAGAAAGUUGAAUUGGCAUACA